AUAGACAUAACCUCACUUUAACACUCAAUUUCGGCAAGAAAAGGACUGAAGAGCCUGUAAUAUCUUCAUUUUUUCAAAGUAUGAUACGCUUACCAACAACAAUGAGCUGUGUGGCGUUCCCUCGAAAGAUGCUGAUGAAAAAUUCUAUGAAAAACUGUAGUCGAUUCAUUUCUUCUCAAACAAAUUAUGAUAUUGUUAUUGUUGGUGGGGGACUAGUUGGAGCAACUCUUGCAUGUGUCUUAGGAAAGAACAGUCGCUUGUCUGAUAAAAGUAUAUUGUUAUUAGAAGGUUCGAAAAAAAGGGACUGGAAGCUGCCAGAACUAUAUAGUAACCGUGUCUCAUCAUUGAAUCAAGCUACUUAUAAUCUAUUAAAUGAAAUAGGAGUUUGGAGGCACAUACAGUCUUCAAGAUAUGGCACAGUAAAAAGAAUGCAGAUUUGGGAAGCGAAUUCCGAAGCUGUCAUUAAUUUCAAAGGGGACUAUUCAGAUGAGAAUCUGGCCUACAUAGUAGAGAAUGAUCUCACACUGCACAGCGUAUAUAAAGAACUUGAGAAUUCGAAUGUUAGUGUACUCAAUGAAGCUUCUCUCCAAGAUUUGAAAUUAUCAAAGGGUACUGAAAGUCAUCAGUUAACAUUGAAAGAUGGUUCUGUGUUCGGUGCUAAAUUAUUGGUGGGUUGUGAUGGGUACUCUUCGCAAGUUCGUCAAAAGAUCGGAGUACAUUAUGUUUCUCAUAGCUAUGGACAAAUGGGAGUUGUAGCAACUUUGGAAUUAGAAGAGCAAUGCGACAACACAACAGCGUGGCAAAAAUUUCUACCAACAGGACCAUUAGCUCUACUUCCGCUCAAUGAUAAAUUUAGCUCUUUAGUUUGGACCACCACGCCACAACACGCAAAAAAGUUGCUGGCCCUAACGGAUCAAGAUUUUACAGACGAACUCAAUUAUCACCUGUAUAAUAGUCCAAAAAGUAAUGUCAUAGUAGAAAAGAGUUCGAGGGUUUUCGACCAAUUACUUCAUGCCUUGAACUGCCCUUCAACCAAGGAUAGUCAACUACCACCAAAAAUCGCCAGAUGUCAGGAACGUAGCAGAGCUUCAUUUCCCUUGGGAUUUGGUCACGCAACCAAUUAUGUGCAAAAAGGGGUGGCUCUGGUGGGAGAUGCCGCACAUAGGGUACAUCCAUUGGCUGGUCAAGGUGUGAAUCUAGGUUUUGGAGAUAUAUCCUGUUUGAAUGGAGUUUUGGGUGAGGCAGUUUACGCUGGAAGCGAACUUGGAGACCUAUUAUAUUUGAAAGAAUACGAAACCGAACGACAACGCCAUAAUGUACCAACUAUGUUGGCCAUUGAUGGACUAUAUCGACUUUAUGGAACAGAUUUUCCACCUGUAGUUUUAUUGCGAAGUUUGGGUCUACAAGCUGUAAACGCCCUGUCGCCGCUGAAGGGUUUAUUGAAGAAUCAUGCUGCUUCAUAAUGUCUCCGGGAUAAUGAAAAUGAAAUCGUUACUCAAGUGUUUCCAACUGGUUAUGGAUGUUGAUCCUUUCUUUUUAUUUUUUCUGUUAACCUAUCUAUUUGAAUCCAUAUGAAAUCAUCAACCACAAUGACAAAUGGAGGUUUUGAGUAUGAAGAGGAGCCAAAGUAUUAUUUUUAUUUUAUGUGUGGUUCAGUGGAAUAUUGCGGAACAAGAAUUUUAUCACUUUAUAAUUGAUAGGGAAACAAUGUUUCAUCUAAGUGCUCGAACUCUCCAUCAGGAAGCUGUUUAUUCGAUACAAGAAUUGAAUCUGUGAAGUCCCAAUGAGAACAGUCUUGGAAGAGUGUGUUUUUCCAUUAUUUAAUGUAACUACUUCAAAGUUCUAUAUUGUGCCUUGAUUUUGAAAUAAAGUGAAACUCGUUAUUAAUUUGAUUAU